CCAGUAGGCAGAGCAAACUCACACUCACUUGCUGGGGAGAGGAUCAUAACAAACAGAGCCGUGACAAUGAACUGCUGCUUGGCGUGGAUCUUGCCCCUACUACUGCUGUCAGGGAUAUGCCAGGCACACAGGGGUCAGGAGCAGAGGGAAAUGACCCUACAGCUUCCGCUCCUAUUUCAAGAACAAAUCCAAGUUGCAGCUCCCAGGCCAGGACCACGGGGUAGAAGGCCCACGUCCCCUUGCAGUGAGGGGGAACCAUGCGCUGUGGCUGAUCUCAUCUCACCUUUGAACAGAGACUUAAAUGAUUUCCCUCCUGGCCACCCACGUAGCAGCAAUAUUGAAAAUAUCUGUAACAAGAAUCGACCCAAAACCAACUAUGGGCCCCACAACCUUCCUCAGACCGGGUUCUCCUAUCUUUCCCGCCAAGGAAAGGCUAUCAAUGCUAUAGAAGAAGGUUAUGAGCAGUGCUGUGACCAGGAAGACAAACUGAGCUGCGCAGAGGAACUGUGGAAGAAAUCCCUAGAGGACUUUUGCCAGGAGGAAUUUUCAAUCAAAACCACCCACUACCAUUGCUGCAAGAAGAAGGGAAAAGCAAAGGAAGCUUGCUUCAGAUCCGGGGCUCCCAAUCCCAGCUACAGCUUUGCUAUGGGGCAAGAAUCCGGCAGUGCCGACGUUCCCAGGGUGGGCCGUGCCAGGAACCUCGGUGAGUGCCCCCCCUCUUCUCCUCACUGCCGCAGGGAGCCCAAGUAUAAACUGCCCGAUUUGUCCUUCCCGCCCGGGGAACCCAAGGCCAGCAACAUCCAGAAUAUCUGCAAGCUGAGGAAGCUGCGACCUACCUACAGCAAGUCCGACCUGCCCACAAGCGGAUUCGGCCAUUAUAUACGUCAGGCCAAGACAAUUAACCGACUGGAGAACGAGUACAAGAAGUGCUGCAGGGAUGAAGAUGUGGCCUGUGCGCACAUUGCUUGGGAGAAAGAACUGGGCGAGUUCUGCACCCAGGAGCACGAGGUCUUCACCAAGGCACACGAGUGCUGCGACAAAAGAGUCAAUAUGUACAGCUGCUUCGCCAGCAAAGCCCCCCACCCAGAGUACGACAAAGAAGUCGAACAGUUUAACCUCAGUGAAUUCACACCAGUCACGCUGCAGAAGCUGUGCGGGGACAUCAAGGUUCUGACCAAACACAAACAAAUUCCCCUGCUUGUGUCUGAACUCCGGGAGUCCUGUUGUAGUACCCCUGUGGGGGAUAUGAUGGUGUGCGCAGAUAAUCAGAAGCUGGCAUUUAUUGAGACUGUAUGUGGUGCCAAGAAAGACUUGUGGAAAGACUCUCAAGGUUGCUGCAAACAGAAAGACCAGGAAAGGAUCGACUGCUUUGGGCACUACCUGCAGAAUGUACUGGUGGCUCUGUCCCACCGAAACGACCAAGCGUAGGACUUAUUCAGCAAUGCCUGAACUUUAAUAGCCAUUUGGCCUUUUUAAGAGCAUAUUCUGCCACUAGGGGGCUCCACUGCCUUGGAACAAGAGAUAGGUGGAUGGAGAAAACUUAGAGUCUUUUACUACUAUGGAUUAACCAGCUUUAGACCCUGUAUUCUGAGGUUAUUGCAGGGGACUUGUGCCAUUAUUCAUAGCUUUGGCCACUAAUAAUCAGCUGUGGGGCAUGAACUAAGGGGCCACGAAACGCUCACUGGUGGGAAAGUCACCCGAAAUAUUCUUGUAAAGGUAUUAAAUCAAUAUGGCAUAUCUGCGGACACCAAGUUGGGCUUUUUAACUAUAUCACAUGGGAUGUCAAUGUGUCAUACAUCAGAGCAAUUGAUUUGUUUGUUAAUAUGAAUUAUAAACUGCAAAAACACCUUCAUGGGUUGUGUUACAUUUACAUUUCCUUUAAUCAGCCCCUUUCCAAAAGUGUUAGGACCCGAGAAAAAGCUAAGAAAUGUCAAUGUUUUCUGAAAAAUAUCCCUUAACAGAAUUCUGCCGAAGAUCGUGCCAUCCAAUAUUGCACGUUAGUACAGGUAUAGGACUCGUUAUCCGGAAUGCUCGGAACCAAGGGUAUUCCGGAUAAGGGGUCUUUUUGUAAUUUGGAUCUCCUACCUUAAGUCUGCUAAAAAAUCAAUAAAACAUUAAUUAACCCCAAUAGGAUUGUUUUGAAUCCAAUAAGGAUUAUUUAUAUCUUAGUUGGGAUCAAUUACAGGUACUGUUUUAUUAUUACAGAGAAAAAGGAAAUCAAUUUUAAAAAUUCUGAAUUAUUUGAUUAAAAUGGAGUUUAUGGAAGACAGGCUUUCCUUAAUUCUGAGCUUUCUGGAUAACGGGUUUCCGGAUAAGGGGUCCGAUACCCGUAUUAUGUACUGUAGAUGAAUUUCUUUGCAAUUUUACGUUGAAUUACAGUAUUGUUAGAUUGCAAUACUUGCCCCCCCCCGCGCAGUGUUUCACAGGGUGGGGACCCCCCCAUCAGACUCCGCCCCUCUGGGAAUCUCUCUUUUUAGCAUUACACAACUUUUAUGGCCCUUUGUUACCUCUGCCCCAACCUUUUUGUUGCUGGUAUCAAAUUCAAAAUGAGCUGAUUUUUUUUUCAGAAAACAAUAACAUUUCUCAGUUUCAGCAUCUGAUCUGUUGUCUUUGUACUGUUUGCUAUUAAAUACAGGAGUUCAAUGAUUUGCAAAGUAUCCCAUUCUCUUUUUAUUUGCGCUGUACACAGUGUCCUAACUUUUUGGGGUUGAAAUGGGGGUUAUAUAAACAUAUGUUCAAGAAAUAACAGCAGCUGAGAUUGUAUUUCCUGCUUCUUAGCAGAAACAAAAUGGUAGCUCUUCCUGUUUAGCCGAACAGGAAGUUGCUCAUUCUUGCAGCAGCUGCAUGGUUUAUUAGGAUUGCAAGGAAAUAAAUCUAGUACUUUUUUGUAUAUAGUGUUGAAGUAAAACAACAGUUGUGUUAAAACAUCAAUAAAAAUUAUGUCCAUCACAGA